AGUUCAGUACGAUUCCGGCACUAUCGCCCAGUUUUUCGUCCUCUUCGAACUCUACCACAUACGUGGAACUUCCGAAGCUCAGUUCGGAUACGGAUUCGAGUGGAAAGCGGGAGGAUGAGGACGCUUGCUCGUUGGAGCGGUUGUCCUACUCGAAGCGCAAGGGCGGAAUACCGAAGAAACAUGAUGAACUGACGCUCACCGAGACGAUCGUAGCUAAGAAGCCGAAAAGUUUGGUCGGUUACAUUCUCGCCUCGAAGAACACCGGACGGGUAGUGGGGGAGAGUAAUGUAAAGGACACGGCGCCUCAGCUGACGUACCCGGCACAGACCACACAGAAACCACCGGAGAAGCAUCACAAUCACUGGAGCCACGCACUGCACCAAUCGACGACGACGAACACGCUCGGAGUGUCGAAGCAUCAACUGGCCGCUGCCCAUGCCCAUCAUCUCAGCGAGUCUCGGUUCAAGAAAUCACCGAUCCAUUCGUCCAAGUUCGAGAGUGCCGCCAGCGAUGAUACGAGUAAUCUGUCUGAUAGUUCGCUCAAGACGCAACUGAAGAUGCGAUCACCGGCUGCGGGAGUAUUUACGUUCGAGGACGAAAACAGCAAACCCUCGGAAGCGGCCUUCUCCAUCUUUGGUGGUAAACCAUCGAUCUUCGAUAAAGUGAAGACGAACGUUGGACCACAGAUCGGUCUGAAGCUGUCGCCGGUGAAGGCGGCCGUUGUGACGCCACUAAUGAAGCCCCAACAGCAACAGCAACAGCAGCAGCAUUACCAUCACCAAAAUCAGCAGUUGUUGAAGGGAAGUGCGAUGGCGGUGGCGCCGAUGGUUACCGCCGUGGGCACUAGCCCUGCCAAUGGCCACAGUACCGUGAAGCACAAGAAGUCACGCAGUAAGGAGCGUAAGCGACGAAGCUCCGAGAAGAAGCGCAUCGAUCAACGUUGUCUGCUGACGAGCGAACAUCUGGGAAAGGACAAGACACGGGUGCUAACGGCGAUGGGUGGACUGUUCUAUGCCGGAUGUCUGAGUGCGGUACAACCACCGGACAUCUACGCCGUGACGCUCGAUGGUGAGCGGGGCAAUCGUCCGCACAUUAUGUCCCGAGAGGAAGUGCUUCGUGAUGCGAUCCUGGAAGUAGCACCGAAAUCAGUGGACGAUAUUAUUCCCGGUACACGGCUGUGCGCUUACUGGAGCCAACAGUACCGCUGUCUGUAUCCGGGUGUGGCGGCCGAACCGGCCUCUCCCGAUCCCGAGAAGCGCUUCGUCAACGUGGAGUUUGAUGAUGGCGACAAUGGCAAGAUCGCGCUCGAGGAUAUCCGCUUCCUGAUGAGUGACUAUCCGAUUGUCGAAUACGAUCCCAAUCCUCUUCUAUCGCUAGGCAAGCGUAAGCGUCAGCCAAGCCACCCGGAUCCGGGUGCCCACCAGCUCGGUACGCUUGGGCCGGCCGUUACCGUGCUUGGUAGUAGCUCGUCCACCGCAAACUCCUCCCUGCUAACGGCCACCGUAACACCGAUGAUGUCCAGUGCUGGAACCGGAUCCACGACGAUCAACGGUUACGCACUGGCAACGGAGCGAGCCGAGAAGCGACUACACGACGAAGCAUACCGUGAGGAGCGCCGUAGGUUGAAGAAGAUCCGCAAGGAUAAGUUGCGCCGUUUGGCCGCAACGAAUGCGGAGCUACUGGCAGCCGGUGGUGGGGUGGCCGCUUCCACUCUCGCAGGCGGUGUUCAUAAGCACAAAAAGUCCAAAUCCAAGUGCUACGAUGAGUUCUGCAAGCACCGGAAGCAUAAGAAACGGAGGAAGCACAAGAAACAUCACCGGGAUGCGGAUAUGGCCAUCAGUCCGGGCGGUAUUUCGCCAUCGUCGCAGGAUGUCGGUGGUGGAGCUGGCUCGAUGGACGAUGAUAUCUCGCAGGGUGAUAGCGCAUCGCAAACGGCUGGCCAGUUCAGCCAGGGUGGAAUGGCUGCGGGUACGUUGUCCGCGGCAUUCCCUCCAUCGGGUGGCGUUGCGGCGGAGAAGGAGGACACGCUAACGGAAGAGGAAGUUAGCUCUUCCGUGACGGAAAGCUCCGGAUCGUACUAUCAACCCCAGAAGAAGUCGUCACCGGGCGAGCGGAAACCAUCGACGGAGCAGAAUGGCAGUAAGAUUGCUGCCUUUCUUCCUGCCCGUCAACUGUGGGCCUGGUGUGGCAAGGGUUACCGACGAUCGACUGGACGAGUCAAGAAGCAGUUCUACAAGUCGAUCCAACGGGGUAAAGAGACGAUAUCGGUUGGUGACUCUGCAGUGUUUCUCUCGACGGGACGUCCCGAUCGGCCUUACAUCGGACACAUCGAGUCCAUGUGGGAAACGUCCACCAAUAAUAUGGUGGUGCGCGUGAAGUGGUUCUACCAUCCGGAGGAAACGCAAGACUGUCCCAAUCUAAAGUAUCCCGGUGCUCUGUUCCAGUCUCCACAUGAGGACGAGAACGAUGUCCAGACCAUUUCGCACAAGUGCGAGGUGAUGGCGCUCCGUGACUACACUAGCAAGUUCGGUUCGGAUCCGAAGCAGUACAGCUCGAUCUAUGACAACAACGACACGUACUACCUGGCCGGCUACUACGAUCCGACGGUGAUGACAAUCAAGAUGCAGCCGGAAAUCGAAAUACUGCCGGCAAACGAGAAGUGGGUCACUGGUAAUGGCAGCAACCAAUCAAAGCAGCAUCAGCAACAGUAAUAGGUGACAGUCCAAAGCAAUGCGCUAAAAGCAAUCAACGAUAGGUGGAAGAGAUGGCACUAAUACUAUACGACUGAUACCGCUGGAUCAUUAAACCGCGAGUUCCCGUUUGCGACACCAGUCAGAGUCGCGCUCUCCAAGAGCACCCGAGAUAUCAUGCAGCAGUAGCAACAUACAGAACAGAAUCAGUUACAAAUCAGAAUUUAGCAGUUCACUUUCGAAAAGUGACAAUAAGUCAUACCGUUUAGUGAGUAGUCCUAGUGUUUAGAGUGUACAAAUGUAUAGAUAACACGUAACAGUUACUUAUCGUCGUCGUUAGCAAUGUAAGGUUCAAUACUCGAUCGGAGGCGGGAUUGAUUAAAUCCCAUGAUUCCUUGUACAUACGAGCACGGCAAAGAAACGCGUCCCAGUUAAAAAAAACAGGUGCAUACGAUCACAUGCAGAUGUUUGCACCUGUACAAAUGUAAAUAGGUAGUGUUAAGAUGAGUAGAAACCCACAGACAGUAAGCAACCGAUAAACUAUCUAACUAGAGAACGAACAACCAAACAUGGAACCCUAUAUCAAUCAUUGGAGCUAGUGAGUGUCUAUAUUUAUCCAGUAACGUUCCAGUGUAGGGCUCAAGAGGCAUACUGACUGAAUCGCCCAACCUGAGAGGGAGUCAAAAGAGGAAAAUUUACAGCAUUUUUUGUGAAGGUGCAGAAGUGCAAGACUACUAAUCAACACUGAACGAAGCCGUUAGCUGAAGGGGGCAAUAAAGGAAGGAAGAAGUUAUAUUUUUGUACGCGAUUUGGUAUUUAUACAGUGAGCAGGACAAGCAGCUGCAUACCUAUCCUGUCCUUCAGAUUAGGAGCCGAUCAUAACGAUGAUGAUCAUGUAUGCGAUCGCGAGUGAUAACAGUUUUGGUGGAAAGCAGCACCUUCACCCACAGAUUGCGGGUUUGAAUGUUUUCUGUUAACCUUUUUGGGUGUCUGUUGUGCUCUGGCUGUAUAUGACUUAAGCAAGUGUUGUGAAAGUGAGUAAAAAGCAUGAACAAAAUAAGGGAGAAAGGGAUACAAAAUUAUUGAAAUCGCUAAACGGAGUAUAAUAGAAGAUUGUACUGAAGAGCUUUUUGGAGAACUUGACAUUACCUCUGAUAUAUGGAUAUGUAUACAGAUUUUUAGGGAGAAAAUGAAUCGUCGGACAAACAAAAUUUAUACCACCAACACUUUAGGAAACUGGAAGACGAAAACGAUUUACGUUACGAUGACGAAGAAGGUAACCGAAGGAAACAUGGCUGUUGCUUACUCAAAAGUGCAAUAUUUGAAAUUUAAAUUAACAGAAACGAAAGUAAAAAAAAAGGCGAGAGGAGUUUUUGGUGGAACAAUGA